AUGCUGUUUAACAACCUCGCAACUGCUGAGAAGGAAAACGACGAAAAAUGUCUUGUCAUCAAACUGGCGUACGCUAGACUUCUCACUUUUCGGCUCUUGCAGAAUGAUGGCAUGGAAUCUGCUGCGUCAAGAAGAGCUGGGCUUGGUUUCGUGGUGGGAACAAACAUCACCAGUUUAGCAGGCGCUUGGCAGUGGGGAGUUCGAGUAACCCCAAUCGCAGGAAUUACUGUAUUGUCGUUGCUGACAAUAGUUCUUGGCGAACCGAAACGUGGUGCAGCAGAAGAAGUCAGUGGAGUACAUCUACGGCGAGAAGGCACGUCAUCACUUUGGGGAGAUAUCAAAGCGCUCGCUCUCACGUGGGAGUUUUUCUAA